AUGCAAAGAGUGAGAAAUCUCGAACUAUUACCUGUUGAUCCUAAACCAGAGCGCACAUUUCACCUUCUAAGAUGUAUACAAAGAGAAGAACGUGAGAUUGAGAUCUUCUACAACGGGCUAAAUGGGCAGACAAGAACGAUAGUAGAUGCAGUUGCAGGAGGCACUUUAAUGGCUAAAACAGCAGAGGCUGCAUAUUCCUUGUUGGAUGACAUAGAUACAAACAAUUGGUCAGUUGGCUACAUCAAUAAAGUCUCAACAGCAAGGAAAGUUUCCAAGUUAUAUAGAUUAAGGAAGAGCAAGCAAAUCGAAAAGAGCAUGCCCAUAGAAGAAUCUAUUCAUUCUCCCGAAAAUGAAGAAGACCAGAUAGUAGCAGAGCAAGAAAAUCAAGCCGAAGAGACACCAAAAGCUUACAAACAUCAUUCUUUAUCAUUCCCUGAUAACCCACCAGUUCUCAAACCAGCAUUUCCUUUUCCCAACAUGUCGAAUUACGCUAAAUUCAUGAAGGAGGUAAUGUCAAGGAAGAGGAAAUUGGAAGAGUAUGAAACAAUGGAGUUGACAGAGAAAUGUAGCACUAUUCUCCGGAAGAAACUUUCCCAGAAAAGAAAAGAUCUCGGCAGCUUCACUAUUCUCUACACUAUUAGAAGCUCCUCUUUUGAUAAAGCCCUGUGUGAUUUUGGAGUGAGCAUCAAUUUGAUGCCUUUGUCAGUAUUCAAAAAGCUGGGUCUCAGAGAAGUCAAGCCAACAACAGUAACCUUGCAGUUAGCCGACUUCAUGGUUUUGGAUAUGGAAGAAGAUCAGAAGAUUCCAUUGAUUUUUGACUUCAUCGAUUCUGCUGUUAAGGAAGAAAAAGUGUUCGUUGAAGAUCCUCUAGAGCAUUGUAUGAUGUUUAGUGCAACCAAGGAAGACAUUAACACUUCUGGAAGAAAGUUGAACAAGGCAACUAGAAAAAAUCACUUCCCAUUUCCGUUCAUCGAUCAAAUGUUAGACAGAUUGGCCGGCGAUUCCCACUACUGUUCUCUUGAUGGGUACUCUAGCUACAAUCAAAUUACAAUAGCACCAGAGGAUUAA